GCAAUUAUGGCGGCGAAGCAAGGGAAGGUGUUCUCAGGGGAAGAUGACGAGUCCGACGAAGAAGAAGACGAAUACGACGCUCCUUCCUGGUCGACCGCGCCUGCAUCGAAUCCUGUCGCCAUGGCACCGUCCAUCAACGUAUCAUUGCCUCCUUCGAUCAAAGAUGUGACCCCAACCAACACACACGUACCCGACACCCUUCCAGACGACGGAGAUGUGGCGACAUUGUCAAAUGCAUCAAUCCAUGACGACUUGGCCGCGUCGUCGUCGUUUCCUGUCCAUGUGCGUCCAUCGCCAGCCCCGUCGAUCCUUCCUGAAGGGCCGCCAUCAUCGGCACACGACGACAUGUGGACGUCACGUUUAAAAGGAGAAUGGACGGAAGAAACCGGCAUGCACAAGAUGGGUUUGGCCGGUGCGAGUCACUUGCACAGCGUGCUCGAAGGAACGUUGCAUCAGAUUACCGAACUGGCCGAGAGUCAAGAGCAUCUACUGUCGCUCGUGACGGAGCGCAACGUGCAUCUCGUGACCCAUCCAGCGCUCAUGGUCGUGGAGCAAACAAUGGCGCAGCUGCCGUCGUACUUUCAAAAAGUGAUCCAGCUGAAACUGAAAAUGAACGACAUCACAACCACACUGGAGAAACUCAAAAGCCGAGCCGACCACCUGCAAGUGGAGGCGCAGAGUCGCGCAUUGGCCAAAGAAGACCGCAAUGACAAGCAAUGCCAGUGGCAGCGGCUGUUUAGUGCGUCGAAAUCACCGCCAAAUGACUCAGCAACGCCUCCUACGACUACUGAAUAGACACUUUAAAGCGUAGUAGUAUUGUCGAUUUGAUAUACAAAGUUGGCAAUCGAAUAUCAAUCGAUCUGAUUGGUUGUUGAAUUUCAUUGAGAAGGUGUU